AUGGAGUCGACCAACACAGAAGAUUUGGCCCGACACUUGGGCCAUGUCAUACCAGUCACGUUCGACCCAUCACUCUUGGUGUUGAGUUAUGUGAUCAGCCUCGUCGGCGCAGCGUCAACACUCGAGCUCAUCCAUCGCCGUACUUCAAGGAGGGGUUACUACAACAAUCUCCUCUUUUUUGGUGCGGCGAUAACGAUGGGAGGCGUGGCUAUUUGGAGCAUGCAUUACAUCGGCAACCGCGCGACGACUCUCCUAAACGGCGAACCCGCCCUUCAGAUCGCCUACUCGGUCGGAGUUACGGUCGCCUCCUUCUUUGUCCCGAUCUUCGUGCUGUUGGUGGCCUUCUUCGUCGUGACCGGCACGAGUAACAGCAGCAACAAGAUUAGUUGGUGGCGUGUCACCACCGCGGGCACACUCUCCGGGGGCGCCAUCUGCGGCAUGCAUUAUCUCGGUAACGCUUCCAUCAACAACUACCGAUGCGAUUAUAUUGCUGCUUUCGUUGGCGGCUCUAUCGUCAUCGCCGCCGUUGCCAGUACCGUCGCCCUCUCCCUCUUCUUUGUGUUCCGGAGCUCUUGGACCAACUCGUGGUGGAAACGCGCCGGGUGCGCUGUUGUGUUGGCCGGCGCCGUUUCGGGCAUGCAUUGGUGUGCCGUGAUGGGCACAAGGUACACCCUAAUCCACGUCAACUCGAACAGCGAUAAUAGCUCCCGCAACACAACUGUCAUCGUGACAGCCUGUCUCUCUUUCGCCGCUUGCCUGAUUAUGGCUGGCCUCGCCAUCUACUCGGCUCGGGUGCGCAAGGGAUACGCGAAUAGGGCGCAGAGGAUCACUCUCGCGGCCGCCGUCUUCGACGAGCAUGGAAGGAUUUUGGUGACCCCCGAUGGUUUCUUGCCAAGCGAAGUCGUCACUAGCACGUUCUUGCAAAAAAUACACAACCAUUUGGCCGGGCUCCCGCACAGCGGUCGUAACGUCAGGACCGGCAUCGAGCUCGUGGACAAGGAGGGUCACAUCAUUGAGAAUUAUGACACCAUAUUUUGCGAGCUGUUUUGCGUCGCUGCCUCGGCCCUGGCCCGCCAAAUGAACGAGGACCUUGUCAAUGCCGGCAUUCUUUGGGACGAGAUCGUGGCGACGGGCGGACAUUUAGCGGCGGGCUCUAUCAGCCAAGCUUCAACAUCAACUCGGUCGCAAACCACGGCGCCAAGCAUCAAGCAUGGCCUGGACGACAUGGCUGAAAAGGGGGUGAAGCCAACGAACCGGAACGGUCACGGGCAUCUCAUGUUUUUGGUACGCAGAGUUGACAGCAGUCACGUUGACCACCUGGCCGCCUCGGGCUACUGCUUUGCCGAGCCACGUCAGGUUUCGCAUAUUAUCCGUUCCAAGAUGCAGAUCAGGAGCAAUCGGCUGGAGGAAAAGCUCAAAGGGAUGGAACGAUACGCACGCGGCAAUUUGUUGGAGCCCGGUGUCCAUGUCGGCCUGUUCGCUGUCCGAACCCAGGUGCAUCAGAUGGGGUUUGAUAUCCUCGUCAGGAAACAGGCCCGGAACUUGCUCCCCAGCAUGGAGCUCCCCCUAGACCGAGUUGAACCGGUCCAUCUCGAGUUUCUUCGCCGGCUGGAGGGCAUGUCUCUUGGCGCCCUCCACCGUCGGCUUGAACGUGCGAGCGAGCUCCCGCCACGAGACGCUCAUUUUGCCAGUCUUCUUCUAGACGCGAUCCGCAAUCUUCGGACCUCUGUUCAGGAUCCCGUAUUUGACAACGCCAAGCUGGUGUGCAAGGUCACGCAGGUCCCUUGCACGCCACCGGCCAGCGAUGCGCGCCCGGCGACAUGUGCUUUCGUGGCUUUCACGCACAUGAUACCAAUCCAUGUGCGCGUCGACACGCCCGCCUACGAAUUCAUCCCACUGCCCUUUUUCAAGACGCAGCAGCUCGUCUACAAAAACUCGCCACAUAACGCCGCUUUUGCACGGUCAGUACAUCGCAAAAUCUCGCCCAUCUUGGACUCGGUGUCCCCCGACAGCAAGUUGCGAGAGCCGAGCCGUUGGCGGAGGUUUAUUACUGUGCCUGGCUACGUCUUAUUCUCGAGAUCUGGCCUGCCGGGACAAACCAGCGCACCGAACCAACUGCGGCCGCGGCGCCCAGACGCCGUGAAAUCCGUCUCGACAAGCAGAGAGCAUGUGGCGCUGACGCCAUACGAUGAGAGCGUCUCGUCACUACUCUACGCCGGGAACGGCGGGGACUCGGAACUGGCCUCGGACCGCAAGACUCCAAGCGAGAUCUCAGAAUCGAUCAAACCAGUUCGGAAGCAGCAACCCGCCAAAAUGUCAUUCGGCGGCAUCAUGAUCUCACAAGAGGUCACAGUUGAUGUGGAAGAGGCGACCGAAUUGCCCCCCGACGUGAUGGAACUACCGCCAGCGGCACACCACCGGGACUCAGGCAACGGCGGCGCGCCUGGGUUGACGCGUCAGAGGAGCCAACGGGCGUUGCAGAAUAUGGCCAACGGGCCCGACCAGAACUCAGCCAACUACGACCAGGCGAUAGAACUGAAAGAGGUCCCGACUGCCUUCGGGAUGGGCCUCUCGAGAGUCGAGGUCGUCAAAGAGGGUGAUGAUACGAUAACAACUGGGCUCGCCGUUGCACAACGGCACCAACAACCAACAUCCAAGGGCUUGGGCAUGACGUGA